ACUCACAAGAUCACAGGGACAAAGAAGGCACCUACGUCGCCACCCUACAACAAUACCAUGGACAAUAUUGGGAUUGAUCAUAGUAGCAUCCACAUGCCCUUGCCACCUGAAUUUCCCUUGCUAUCAGACUUCGCCAUGGAUCAGAGUAGCAUUCACAUGCCCCUCCCACCAGAAUUUCAGCUGCUACCAGACUUCACCAUGGAUCAGAGUAGCAUCCACAUGCCCCUCCCACCAGAAUUUCCCAUGCUACCAAACUUCACCAUGGACCCAGCGGGGAUUUACAACUCCACCACCGACGUAAGCUCUUUGUUGGCGGCGGAUGUGAUUCCUCCUAGUAUUGCAGGCAUGGGCAUCGACACACCUCAGAUGAACGGUGCCUCACUUGGGAACUCAAUGGCCGUUGCGCCACAGAUACCCUUCUACCACCGGUCUAACAUAGGAACAAUAGAUGCCAGCGGCUUCAUGGCUGCACCGCAGGGCAUGCCUUCGUUGAUGGUGUCACAGGAGGGCACUGGGAUGAGUCUUGAUCAAACCAAUGCCGUUGAGAUAUCAUCUAUGGUAUCUAUAGUCCCAGAAUCUACGACCACCAGGGAUAUGGAUUUCUUAUGGAGGUACUAAUGAGGU